GGUUUGGGGAAGACCAUCCAGACCAUCUCCCUCCUCGCCUACCUGGCCGCGCACCGCGGGAUCUGGGGCCCGCAUCUGGUGGUCGUGCCCACCUCCUGCCUCGUGAACUGGGAGACCGAGUUCAAGCGUUUCUGCCCCGCCCUCAAGAUCCUCCCCUACUACGGCUCCGCCCCCGCCCGCAAGCAGCUCCGCCAGGGCUGGACUAAGCCCGGG